ACAGAUCUUUUCAUAAUAAAUUUUCACUUUACUUUUCGUUUCUUCAGUGGCUUUGUUUUGUUGUUGAAUGGGGCGGAUACCGAUUCUUAGGGACUUCAUUGGGAUCAUCAAAGACAAAGCUUCUCAAAGCAAAGCAGCUUUGCUUUCCGAUCCCAAAACCCUAUCCCUCCACUUAGCCUUACUAAGAGCCACCACCCAUGACCCCUUCACUCCACCUGACCCAAGGCACUUGGCCACUUUACUUGCCUCCGGCCAUACCUCACGUGCCACCGUUUCCACCGCCAUCGAGGUCCUCAUGGACCGUCUUCAGACCACCCGUGAUGCCUCCGUUGCCAUCAAGUGUCUCAUCACUGUUCAUCACAUCAUUAAGCGUGGCAGCUUUAUUCUUCAAGAUCGGCUCUCUGUUUACCCUUCCAAUGGCGGCCGAAACUACCUUAAACUAUCCAAUUUCAGAGAUAAAACGACGUUGUUAACUUGGGAACUUUCCUAUUGGGUUAGAUGGUAUGCUUUAUACCUUGAGAAUCUGUUGCAAACGUCAAGGGUUUUGGGAUUCUUUCUAAGUUCAGCUUCAAGCAGUGUAGAUAACAAUGAAGAAGAAGAGGAGAAAGUAUCAUCUCUUACAAAUAGCCAAUUGCUUAAAGAGAUAAACUCUUUGGGGAAUUUGAUCGAACAGAUUUCGAGAAUGCCCAAUUCUUUGCAUACCAAUGGCAACAUAUUGGUGGACGAGGUUCUAGGAAUGGUGGGUGAGGAUUAUUUGGCAUCAACCAACGAGGUUUCCAUUCGAGUCAGUGAGUUUAAAGAGAGACUGAGUUGUUUGAGUGUUUUUGAGUCAGUUGAGUUGGGGUUUGCUUUGAAGAGACUAGAAGAUUGUAAAGAGAGAUUAUCAGCACUUGGACAGAUGAGGAAUGUGUUGGUUGAGACUGUUUGGGGUUCAAUAAGUGAAAUGAAGGAUCAAGUCGGGAACGAUGAAUUGUACGGAGAAGAAGGAAGGUUAAUGACUAUGGAGAGCAGCAAGAACAAGGUUAGCGAGUCAUCUCGGUACGGAGAGCGAGUUCUGAAGCUUGGUGACUCAGUUGACUUCUUUUCAGGGAGGUUUUCUAAGCUUCAAUAUUAAUUUUUUUUUUACGGAUUUAGCUUAGUUGGAAUCUGAAUAAUUGCAAUAUCUAUUUAAAAAAAAAUCGUUAAGAAUUUGUAAGUAUAAUUAUCUAUUUGAAUUUGGUCAUUGGCUCAAAUAAUUACCUUUUGAUUUUAAAAUUAUAUAAUAACAUUAUUUAAAUAUUGUUCCAAUUAUUUUGAUUUUAAAGAUUAAUAAAAAUAAAGUUAGAUAUUAAAAUUAUACACAAAAAAAUCACGAUUUUUUUCAUAAAUAUAAUAACAUUAUUUAAAUAUUGUUUCAAUUAUUUUGAUUUUAAAGAUUAAUAAAAAUAAAGAUAUUUAAUUAUGUUUUAUAAUGAUUAAUUUUUUCCUAAUGAUUAGGAUAUAUUCAAAUAAUGAAAACUAUAACCAUAAUUACUAUGGUUAAUUAAUAUAUAAGAUAUGAAAAUUUAUUUCAUUUAGGUUUUUUAUCAAAAUAAUAUAAAAUAAUUAAUUAUAAAAAUGUAUGAAAAAUAAAUUAAUUAUAAAAAUAGGUAUUUGCUACAAUGUUUGAUAACAUAUUGGCAACACAAAAUUAAAAUGUGAUGAUUUAAAAUAUUUAAGGACCUGAUAUGUAAAUUUCCCGUUUUGGUUGUCACUUAAGUUCUUUGCUUUUCCUUUCUUUUAACACCACAAAAGUUAUUUAUUUUGCGAAAAUAUUUUCCUUACUAUUCUGUUAUUCAAAACUCACUCUUUUCGUCUGUUUUCUUUUUUUUACUUAUAAGGUAUAAUAUCUCAUUUCUCAAUUUAAAUCAACAUAAAGCAAUUUUAUUUUUAUUUAUGUUUGCUUCUAAUUUGUUCAUAUUUGAUUAUAUAUAUCUUAAAAAUCAUCUCUGUAUUUACUUCCUUUGAUAUCUCUCACCAACCCUACAUUAACCCCAUUUUUUUUAUCUCAAUAUUCCUUUUGUCCGGGUUUUUCCCCCUAUCUUUUUCAUUGAAGACUUUUAAUAUUUUUAAUUGAUAAUGGGUGCAGUAGAGCAGAUUUUUAAUUCGAGCAAAUAAAAAAGGAAAUGACAAAUAUCGACAUUGAUGGGAUCUUGGAGGAGCUUCCAAAUAAUCGUCGUUUCACCAAAACACUCUGGGUCUAGUAUCGCGAUUGAGACCUAUGAUCGAGAAGCUGCUGAGGGUCGGCAUGAACUCGCUUCAAUUUCAUCCGUGGCAGCCAUGAAUAUCACCAGGAGACCUUGAACAAUCUAAAAAAAAAUCAUUAUUUUAUUUAUUUUUGGUGUUAAAGGGAAAUAAAAGAAAAUAAUAAAUAAGGGGGUUUAUGGAAUAAUUUACCUAUUUCAAGUUUGAUGCCGCUAAACUACCAAGCCGCCAACCAAAAUAGAAAAUUUACAUAUCAAAUUCCUGAAUAUUUUAGGUCAUUAUAUUUUAGUCUAAUGUUGCCAAUUUGUCAAAUAGCACCGUCAAAACACUGUAACUAAGGCUUAUUUUUAUAAUUAAUUUAUUUUUCAUACUUUUUUAA